AUGCCGAACUCUGCGCUCGCGUCCUGCCUCGCGGUGCUCGCGACGAACCCGAUGGACCGCGCGAAAACGAUCAUGCAACUCCCGGGCGUCGGCGCGUCGUGGGGCAAGAACAUGCGGGAGGUGACGAUGAAUAUGGUGAAGAAGGAAGGCGCGCUGCGCGGGCUGUACAGAGGUUUACCCGUGGCGAUGGUGCGAGAGUCGUCGAAGAAUGUGUUUCGAAUUGGGCUGUUCUUACCGGUGCUGAAGGUGAUACACACGGAUGAUGAUAACCCAGCACCGGCGUGGAAACGGUUCAUGGCGGGAUGUCUGAGCGGGGGGAUCGGGGCGGUGUCGAGUAAUCCGUUUGAUUUGAUCAAGACGCGGAUGCAAGUGCCGGCGGCGAUGUGCGAAUACGAAAAUGGAAUGGUGGCGUUGAAGAAGAUUUGCGCCAAGGAGGGGUGGAAGACGUUAUAUAAAGGUGUGGGCGCGAGUGUUAUGAGGGACAUGCUCGGCUCGAGCGUGAAUUUGACCGUGCAGUCCAUCGCAAGCGAGGCGCUCGUGAGGAAUAUGAUUUUAUCGCCGGGUUCGCCCGUGCUCGGCGCGCUGAGCGGCGUUUUAAGCGCGGCGGCGUCGGUGGCGGUGAUGCAGCCGAUCGACACGUCGCGAGCGUACGUGUAUCUCAAGCCGCACAUACACAAAGAUACUAUUAGAGCAUUUAGGUACAUAGUUUUGAGGGAAGGGCCGUUGGCGUUGUACAAAGGCUCGCGCGCACACUUUUUCCGCACCGCGCCGCACUAUGCGGCAAUGUUUGCGCUACUGGAG